AUGCAUGACUACAUCAACGCUGAGGACACUGAGUUGUGGGACAUCAUUCUUGAUGGACCAUAUAUUCCUACAAAGGAAGUGAAGGAUGGAGAGCUCACCACUACAGUUGUCAAAACUAGAAAGGAGUACAAUGAGAUGGAUAGGAAAAAGAUAGAGAAGAACUAUAAAGCAAAAAAGAUUCUAGUGUGUGGGAUUGGAUCCGAUGAGUACAACAGAAUUUCUGCCUGUGAAUCAGCCAAAGAGAUAUGGGACUGUCUCCAAACAGCCCAUGAGGGAACACAACGAGUAAAAGAGUCUAAGGUCGAUAUGCUUACGACUCAAUACGAGAAUUUUUGUAUGAAGGAAGGUGAAACUAUCUUUGAAAUGAACUCAAGAUUCACUUCCAUCACCAAUGAACUAAGAUGCUUAGGUGAGCCCAUUCCCUUAAGUAAACAAGUUCGCAAGAUUCUCAAGAUUCUUCCCAAGUCAUGGGAAAGCAAAGUUGAUGCUAUAACAGAGGCAAAAGAUCUUAAGACACUUUCCAUGGAUGAGCUGAUUGGAAAUCUCCAGACCUACGAGUUGAACAAAAAGCAGGGGACAAACAUGAAGGAGGGAAAGAAGGAGAAAUUCAUUGCUCUAAAAAACUCACAAAAUGAUGCGACUCAGGAGGAGGAUGAAAUGGCCUAUGUUACUAAAAGCCAGAAGCAGGAAACUCAGAACUUCAAACCUCGUAAGAGGGACCUGGUCCCAGACAGUGCUCUGAGAAAGGCUCAUGCUAAUCAGUUGGUGAGAAAAGCCUUUGCUGUAUGGGGAAAUGAUUCAAGUGAGUCAGAAGAAGAUGCAGAAAGUUAUGAAGAUGUUUCAAUGAUGGCUAUUAAAGAAGAUGAAAAUGUCUUCAAUUUCAUCUUCUCAUUAAUGGCAAAUUCUGAUUAUGAAGAGGAUUCAGAUAAGGUAACUCUUUUUUAUCUUAAAGAUGAUCUAGAUAAUCUGCCUAUUGAAAAUUUGAGGAAACUUGCUGCUCUGCUUAUUGAUUGUGUUGAUGAACGAACCACUGAAAACUUAAUGUGGAAUAAAAAAUUAAGUUUGUGUGAAGAUAAGAAUUCUGCUCUCAUGUCUAAACUGAGUAUCAGGAUAGGCAUCCUCGAGAAUGAUAGUCUGGAACCCAGUGAGGGACCUGGUACCUCAGUAGGUGGAAAGAGAAAGCUUAGCAUCCUUGAGGAAGAACUGGAAGAAAAGCUCAAAAUCCUUGAGUCCAAUUUCAAUGGAAAGAAAAGGUUGGGACGUAGACCAAUAGAACCUCCUUAUAAUCCUCAUAGCAAAUAUGUGUAUGUAUCUGACAAUCUGUUGUGCACUCACUGUGGGCGUAAUGGUCAUCUAAAAGAAAAGUGUGUGACUCUGAGAAAAGCAAAAGAAAAGCAUGAGAAAUUUGUCAGAUCUAAAAACAAUGAUAAAAGGGAACUCAAGGGACCUGGUCCCCGUUAUCGUUUCCGUAAGAACACUUUGCCCCCUGGACAGGAAGUGUGUAUCAUAUUUGCGACAAGGAAAAAUGAAGUCAAGUUCAUAUCUGAAGGGUGUGUGGUUACAAACUGUGCAAUUAAGAAAAUUGUAAUGUCUGCAAAAAAAGUCAAGAAUGUGUAUGUUGUUGAUCUUGAUUCUACUGAAGAAGACAACUUGUCAUGUCUAAGUUCUCAAACUGAUGAUGCAAAUCUUUGGCAUAGGCGACUGGGUCAUGUAAGUACCUCUUUACUUAACAAGCUUGUUGCAGGGGACCUGGUCCGCGGACUACCAAAGCUGAUGUUCUCAAAUGACAAAAUCUGUGAUGCCUGUGCAAAAGGCAAACAAACAAGAUUUUCUUUCAAGGCAAAGAAGGGUGUGAGCACUACCAGACCUUUGGAACUUCUCCACAUGAAUCUGUGUGAACCUGUUAGAAUUCAAAGCUGA